AUGAAGCUAUGGAAACGAGCCUCCGUAGCAAUCAAAGACGGACCAAGCCUAAUCGCCGCCGACGACAUUCUCACAGCAGCCGUCGUGAAAGCAACAAACCACGACGAAUUCUCAAUCGAUACAGAGAGCGCUCUGUUCAUCAACCGUCACGUUCGCUCAAACCCUUCAAGCCUAAAACCUCUAAUAAGCGCAAUCUCCUCUCGCGUGAAACGCACGCGAAGCUGGACGGUUGCGUUAAAAGGUUUGAUGCUAACGCACGGCUUCUUCCUCUGCAAAACCACAUCCGCAGAAUCAAUCGGAAGAUUACCGUUCGACCUAUCCGAUUUCGGCGAAGGAAACUCGCGUAUGAGUAAAUCCGGUGGGUUUAAUCUCUUCGUGAGAGCUUACUUUGCGUUUCUAGAUCGAAGAUCGAUUCUAUUCCACGACGGGAAUCGUCACCGAUACGAUGAAGAAUCGUCGGUGAUGAUUCGGCUCGUGAUUAUACGUAAGAUGCAAGUUAUUGUUGAUUCGUUGAUUCGGAUUAAACCGAUUGGGGAAAUUAUGAAGAUGGAUUUGAUUAACGAAGCUAUGGAGAAUGUGAUUAGUGAGAUUUUAGAGGUUUAUGGUUGGAUUUGUCGUCGGAUUGGUGAGGUUUUACCGAAUGUGCAUUCGAAGAUUGGGAAAACGCAGGCGGAUUUGGCGUUGAAGAUCGUGGCGAAAUCGGUGUCUCAGGGAGAAGAAUUGAGAAAGUAUUUCGAGUUUUGUAGAGAUUUUGGUGUUUCGAAUGCUCAAGAGAUUCCUGAGUUCGUGCGGAUUCCUGAAGCGGAUGUGGUACAUCUCGAUGAGCUUGUACGGACGGAGGAAACAGAGGAUCGAGGAGAAGCGAUGGAGACGGAUUUGUGUGAGGAAGAUGCGGAGAGAAGGAAUGGUGAUGAUGAAGGAGGAGAAGAGAGGGAGAUGAAGUGUGAAUUGGUGUGUGAUUUGAUAACGCUUGAUGAGAAUGACGAAGAAGAAACUUCUUCUCCUCCGAGAGUUGUUGAUAUUCCUGACUUGAUUAGCUUCUAA